GUUACAGUUACAGUAGAGAGGCAGUCGAGAGGCGGUCAGCGGUGUGGCUUCGUGACGGCGCUGCAGACAAACAUUGUAAUCUGGUUUACACUAAUACUUCUACUACUACUGCUACUAAAGUAAAGAAGAAUAUAGUAAAAUAUAAUACAGCUUGCAGGAUUACAAGGUCAGAUUUACUAUGUUGCAAGCAAGCCCCAAAAAGCAGAAAAAGGAGGAUUCAGAUGUCAACAGCUGCACGGUUCAUUUGUCAAAUCCUUACUUGGAUGGACUGAAAGAAGACAUACUGUAUCAUUUUGACCUUGGAACCCGCAGCCAUGAUUUGCCUGCAAUGUUCGGUGAUGUAAAGUUUGUAUGUGUUGGUGGAAGUCCAUGGAGAAUGAAAGAAUUUACCCAGUACAUUGCUGGUGAGCUGGGAAUUGGAGACCCGAAUGCAGACUAUCCAAACAUUUGUGCAGGAACUGAUCGGUACUGCAUGUACAAAGUGGGCUCUGUCCUGUCAGUGAGUCAUGGCAUGGGCAUUCCCUCAAUUGCAAUAAUGUUACAUGAACUCAUCAAGUUGCUGUAUCAUGCAAAAUGUUCUGAUGUUACAAUCAUUCGGAUUGGCACAUCAGGGGGCAUAGGGCUUCAGCCAGGCACAGUUGUUGUUACAAAGCAAUCAGUUGAUCCCAAAUUCAAAGCACAGUUUGAGCAAAUCAUUCUGGGUGAAUCAGUGUUUCGCCGCACUGACUUGGAUGAAGAGAUUGCAGAAGAACUCCUGCAGUGCAGCAAGGAACUAAAUGAAUUUGAAACUGUUAUAGGCAACACGAUGUGCACUCUAGAUUUUUAUGAAGGACAAGCCCGUCUGGAUGGUGCAUUCUGCUCCUACACUCCUGAUCAAAAGUUCAAUUACCUAAAAAAAGCUUAUGAUGCUGGUGUCAGAAAUAUUGAAAUGGAGUCAUCUGUUUUUGCCUCAAUGUGCAAAAUGGGAGGAAUAAAAGCUGCUGUGGUGUGUGUGACAUUGUUAAACCGACUGGAGGGAGACCAGAUUACUAGCCCACAUGAUGUUCUUACAGAAUACCAGCUACGUCCACAGAAACUGGUGGGGUAUUUUAUCAAAAAACAACUAAAGAAGUUCAGCCUGUGAAGUGACACAGAAUUGCUUAGGAAACUUUUUUAUAUUUAUAUUAAUUUCUUGCCUGGUUUUUAAUUUAAUAAUUUGAUCAUUUAGCUAGUUCACUUUUGGAAUUAGAACACUUUAAUAAAUAACAGUAAUGAUUCCUGUCUUGCGUGUUUUGAAAGCACUUUCUGAAUAUAUAUUUAUUCUUUUAGAAACUAUACAGGGAAUAGUAUAUGAUUUUUUUAAGGAAAAAUUUCUUAUGCAGUUCAAAUGCAGAUUUCUUUCAGUAUAAUGUAAGGUUGUCUGUCUUAUAUGUAUAGUGUAUUAUGAUUUUAUGAACAAACAUAAAGUGUGCCAGCCAUUUCAUUUAUUCCGUUAUGUUACUGUGCACUUUCUAGCUAGUGAGGGCAGAGUCUCAUCUCUCUGUAGGAGACAGUAUUUACAGUUCCUGUUUUUUACAGUUUCUAAACAAGUAUGGAUGUUAACAUUCCUGUACUCUUAACUAAAAGCUUGCAUGUUGAGAAAUUGUUAAAAAAGAUUGAAGAAAACAAAAUUCCUAUUAGUAAAUUGCACUAUGAGAGCUAGACACUUAAGUUGGUAUAGAAAUGCUCUAGUGUUGUAUCAGAAGAUAAAACUUUUGUGUUUGAGGGAUUGAAGGAGUGAAGCCUAUCACAGCAGCCCUUGGUGCACAUGGCAUCAGUACCUUACAUAGCCUGCUCACAGCUACACCAACUACAUGCUGGGACAGUUUACAAUUUGAGAAUGCGAGGGGAAAAUCAGUGCCUGUAGAAAAAUCCAUUUCCAAAGACAGUGAGGCUAUAAACCUAGAACACUGCGUCCAUGAGUCAGCAUCACUGCCCAUUGUACCACAUGUUUGUGAGGAGAUCUGUUAUUUAAAUCUAAGGGCAGAGUUGUGUUGAAACCUAAAAGCAGAGACAUUUGCAGCAAAUAUUGGAGAACAAAUUCCUGUGCAUUAUAGUGAACAAAUAAGAGGCACUGUGUUAAUAGAGUCAACAUAUACAUUUGAACUGACAUUUUAUCAAUUGCAGAAAUGAUCCUUUUCACACAAUAUAUAAUAUAUCAAGUAGGAUUUAGUUUUACCCUAAAAUGGUUGCCUGGCUAAAUUAACUUUGCUUUGCAUUUCAAUAUCAUCCAGUUUACAUUUCUUAUCCUUGAAAAUUAUUUAAAUAAUAAAAGUACUGUAUAUUUAUUUAAGAACUGAGAAAUAUACCAGUAUACUGAGUUUACUCCUUGUCUGGAGGAUUUCCUGUUUCCUGUAAUCAUUUUGAUGGAGAGUCUUGACCAGUGGGCUCUAAGAGAAUAAGACACUGCAAGCAUGGAAAAUACAUCCAGGCAAAAAAAUGGCUAAGGGAGCAGGCUGUACUGCCAGCUGACUCGGUGACAGGAAAUGCAGGGGGUUGGAAAGAUUACCCAAGUUGAAACACACAUUUUAACACUGUGUUAUGUUCUCUUUGUUCCAAUUGCCUUCUUGGGAUACUUUUUUGAAAUGUGUGCUGUUUAAUUUAGUAUGCCUUUUCUCUGAAUAAACAAGAGCA